UCUUCGAUGUAGUCCCGCUGCGAGAAGACGCUCGAGACGAUCCGAGUGCGCGCUAUUACUAAAGUUCACCGUCUGUCGUUGUUAAAUGAGAGUCGGGUGAUUUUUCCACAUGGUAAUGCGCUGAAAUCGGCAAGUCUGAAGAUGCGGGAGGGACUCAGCGGCGGCACUGUCGGCCUCCUUGUGCUACUUACUGUGGUCCUCCAGAUGGCCACUUUUGGCCAUGCACAGAAGCGUUUGGAAUUUUUAGAUUUGCUGCCGGAAGAUCCUAUGCUUUACGACAAAAUGCGACCACCGAAAAAAGACAACGCAGCUACCAUAGUGUACUUCCACGUUACUGUCAUGGGUCUCGACUCUAUCGACGAAAACGCAAUGACCUACACCGCGGACAUAUUUUUCGCGCAAACUUGGAAAGACAACAGGCUGCGACUUCCCGAGAACAUGACGUCCGAAUAUAGAUUGUUAGAAGUGGACUGGUUGAAGCAGAUGUGGAGACCAGAUUCGUUUUUCAAGAACGCCAAAUCGGUGACGUUCCAAACGAUGACGAUACCCAAUCACUACUUGUGGCUAUACAAGGACAAAACUAUUUUGUACAUGGUCAAGUUGACGCUGAAAUUAUCCUGUGCGAUGAAUUUUCUCAUCUACCCCCACGACACGCAAGAAUGUAAAUUACAAAUGGAAAGUCUGUCGCACACCACGGACGAGAUGAUCUUCCAGUGGGACCCGGACGUGCCUCUGGUGGUCGACGAGAGCAUCGAGUUGCCCCAAUCGGAGCUCAUCAAAAAUUACACGGCCGACUGCACGCAGGUUUAUUCCACCGGUAACUUUACCUGCCUGGAAGUCAUUUUCGUUCUAAAACGACGCUUGGGCUACUACCUGUUUCACACUUACGUGCCAACUUGCCUGAUUGUCAUCAUGUCGUGGGUGUCCUUCUGGAUAAAGCCAGAGGCAGCGCCGGCCCGAGUGACCCUUGGCGUGACGUCACUGCUGACUCUAUCGACGCAACACGCGAAGAGUCAAGCCUCGCUACCGCCCGUCUCCUACCUCAAAGCCGUGGACGCGUUCAUGUCAGUGUGCACGAUAUUCGUGUUCAUGGCGCUGAUGGAGUACUGCCUGGUCAACAUAGUCCUCAUCAUGGGGGAGACCAGUGAACCCCCGCCGAAGCCCCAACCCCAGCCACCUCCACCACCACCACCUGGACACGGACCGGAUCCCAAGCUCGACAAGAUCUUCGACAUCGCCAGCAAGGAAAACGCAAUGUUACUAUCCGGUCGGUCCCAAAAGUCGGCGAGCGUGCCACCACCGAAGCCGAAACCCAACAAAAUGGCCAUGGCCAAGAUACGGGCCGUCAACAUCGAUCGUGUCUCCCGAGUGCUGUUCCCGGCGCUCUUUGCCUGCCUGAACGUGUCCUACUGGAUCAUCUUCUGGAAGUACGUCUAAGGAGGCCACGCCGAAAUUUCGAGACUUGGUUCUGAUGAGGAUAAUGGAAGAAGGAGUAAAAAAAAAAAAACACGAGUGAAAAGGGUUUCGUGUUGGUUUUGUCGAUGGAUUACGAGCGUUAAUGUACAGGUAACGGAUUUCCAACCAACGAUGGAAUUUGUGAAAUCUCAAAUAGUAUAUAGAACAUGAAAAUAAAAGUGACUGUGGAAGACGAGAGCUUCCACGGACGUUGUAAGUUGAUUUAGAAUAUCUCUGAUUGAAGAACUGAUGGUGUAGGAGUGUACAAGAAAAACUGGAAUUAGCCAUCUGGUGUAAACUGAUGUUCGGAUUUUCGGGGUUCGGUUGAUUGUUAUCUUCGUUUUUCAACUCACGAUAUACGUACUUGUUACUCUCUAUUGGAUGUCGGAAAAACGAAGAGAUCCCCUGUGCCCCACUGAAUCCUUCAUCACGCGGUGUACAUAUUAAACAAACCACCUCCUUUGAGCAAAGGAAGAAAAAAAACAGUUAAAUCUAAAUAAAACGGUACUACAUCCCUUGAUGGAUUUUGUACCGAUAAGCACUGACGACUGGCCCCAAAGGCGCUGAUUUAUCUCGUUGUAUAACAAUGCCUAUAUCACACGAGCGCAGAACGACGGCGUUCAAAACGAUGUCGUGAAGUGUUGCUGUCCCUCUCUCUGGUCCCAGACAACAGUGUAUAAGAUUUUUUUUUUUUUUUUUUUUUACUAAUUAUUGAGUGUGAAAAUACGUUUGGACUUGACUCAGUUGUACAUAAAAGUCAUGAAAUUGUGAAGGGGGUUAUUAUGAAGAACAUAUUUUUUUAUUUAUGAUCAGUUUGACGAACAAUGGAAACAAUUUGAUAUUUUACCACAAAAAGUUGCGAAGGAGUUAGAAAAAUUUUUAAGUAGUGAAAAACAUUAUAUUUUCUUUGGUUGUGUAUCGGUACUAG